AUGGGCGCCUAUAAAUGGGCGCCAGGAAGACGCUCAAAUUCAUCAACACAGACCACCACCACCACGCACAGCAGCACUGAUAAGCUAGCUAACCAAAAGCUAAACAUGUUGCAGUCUGCUCCUCCUCCAAUGGCGUCCCCCCAACCUGUGAGUUUGCUAGUUCUCCUCGGGACGGUCGGCUCCGCCGUGCUCGCCAUUCUGCUGGUGGCACUUAGCACGUACGGUCGCCGCUGCCGCCACCCGGCGCUCCGCUUCUUCGUCUGGGGCGCCUCCGUCGCCUUCAUCCCCCUCGCCUCCUCCGCCAUCUCCGCCUUGCUGCAGCAGAGGAAGACGGACCGAGACCGACAUGAACAGUACUGCGAAGAGAUCAAUCCGGCGGACUGCGCGCCAUUCCCGAAAGGCGGCGAGAGUCCGGAGGUCCAGAUCAUGUGGACGAUCCUCCUGUGGGCAGUGAUCAUGGUUAUCAUCAGGGGCAAAGCCGACACCGCCGCGGCCUCCGCAGCCACCGCCGCCGCCACGCCUUCCACCGGAGACGUCAGCGUCGACGGUCAGAAGGUCCGGAUCCCCGUUGAGCUCCUCGCUAAGUACGCCUUCGUGGCGUGGCUAAUCGUCGUCUGCAUGCCGGAGGCAGAAUGGCUGGGAUUUGCUAGAAAAUCCAUCUUCGUCGUGUUCUUUCUCCUCGGCUUUGCCAAGGUGGUGCUCAAGCUGGUCGCCUUCUUCCUGGCGAGCGACUCCUACGCCGUCGGCAAGAACGCGCGGCUCGUGUCCGGCUACAUGGCGCAGCUCGUCGAGGAAGGCGCCGUGGAGGGCCAUGGACACGUGCCCCCUUACCUGGUGAUGGGGGAGAACAAGGAUGACGUCGAGGCUACCCCCGAGGGCUACCGCAUCAAUCGCGGCGCCAUCGAUAACAAGCUCGGCGCCCUCGUGACGCUCGACCGCGUGUGGCGGCAGUCCGAUCACGGCGACGGCCUCCUCGGCAAGCACCUGGAGCUGAGGGACCUCUGCCUCUCCUUCUCCCUCUUCAAGAACCUCCGGCGGCGGCUAUCGGGGUACCCCAUCGCCGAGGAAGGGACCAGCAGCGCCCUCGACUUCGUGCUCAGAGGCUUGGACGCGUCCGGCAAAGGAGGCGCUGAUGCCGACCGCGUGUUCCGAGUUCUGGUGGACGAGCUCUGGUUCGCCAGUGAUUUCUUCUACUCCGCGCUCCCGCUGUGCUCCUUCAGCGGCUGGUGCGCCGCCCUCAGCUACCUCCUCUCCGUCCUCAUCAUCGCCGGAGCUAUCGGCGUGGGAUAUGUGUAUCACGACUCUAGAGUGAUCGUCUUCAACAAAACGGGUCCGCUGUCCGAUGCCGAGCUGGCGCAAAAUGCAAACUACCUGAUCACUCUCUUCCUCUUGUUCGCCACCGUUCUCACGGAGACCUGCGAGAUCACGGCCGGCGUCUGCUCCAACUGGACCAAAAUGGCCUUGCUUGGUACCUACAUCGGACAUGGCUCGCCGUCGCCGGGAUUCACGCAGGCGGUGCUGGAGGCCGUGCUGCGGCUCAAGCCUGCCAAGCGCUGGCGCAACAAGAUCGGGCAGAACUCGGUGCUGGAGCCCCGGCGUUUCGGCAAGCGAUCCGGGCUCUUCUCGGACAAACUUUACGGGCGCGCGGGGCUGAUGAGGUCCGUGCAAGUCUCGCCGGCCGUGAAGGAUGCGGUGCUCAGGUCGCUCAAGAUCAGCUAUGGGGGACUGGACAAAGGAGGCGGCACGGCGGCGCCGAGAUUCGCAGUUAGCGGCAUGGCCGCCUCGGCCUGGGCGUGGCCGGCCAACGGCACCCAGGAAACCUUAAGCAGCACCACGGAGCAUAUCCUCGCUUGCCACAUCGGCACGAGGCUCUUCGAGAUGAAGUACUCGCACACGGCGUGCCCAACGUUGGCGGCGGCCGACAAGACCGCGGCCUGCCACCUGUCGCACUACUUCUCAUACCUGGUGGCGGCCGCUCCGGGGUUGCUGCCGGACAGCACCGCGUGGACCGAGAAACGGUACAAGGAAGUGGCGGAGGACGUGAAGGCGGCGCUGGGGGAGGACGUCGCCGACGGCGCCAGCGAGUCCGCCGCGGAGAGGUACGAGCGGCUUGUGAAGGAGCUGAGCGCGGGCUCUCGGGACAAGGUGCUGCGCCGCGGCGCCGAGCUUGGGCGGCUCCUGGUGGAAGCGUACGUGGGCGAAGAGGCGGCGGCGUGGCGGUUCCUGGCCGACUUCUGGUCGGAGAUGGUGCUGUUCGUCGCGCCGUCGCAGAACGUCAAGGGCCACGUCGAGGCCAUGGGCCGUGGCGGCGAGUUCGUCACGCUCGUCUGGGCGCUUCUCCUGCAUGCGGGCGUCACGGAUAGGGCCGAUACGCCUCACCGUAGUAGCAUCCCAUGAAGUGGGGAAGUCGUCACGUAAUAGGGAGUAGUAAUUUUGUUCCAUUUCAUACACAUCUUUCAAUUUUUGUAGGAAAGUAUUUUGUUUUAUGUUUUAGACGACCCGUCCUUUGUCAUAAGUUUUUGUUAUAAUGUAAAUCAAAAUCUUAAUAUAGAGAGCCUCUUCUUCUUUAACUAAGGAGGAU